AUGAACGGCUCCGCCUUUACUCGCACAUGCUCCCGACGUCAUCUCUCUUUGGUUUUCCGUGUCAACAUGGCGGCAUCCAUGGCAUCCCAGGCUGCAGCAAGAGGACUGAGGACAGCUACCUCAAAGCACAUACUUCUCGACAAACUCAAGUGCACCUGGUUGAGUCCCAGGAGGUGGCUGAAUCUGCAGGAGUACCAGAGCAAGAAGCUGAUGCAAGAGAGUGGCGUGGCUGUCCAGCGUUUCUAUGUGGCCGACACAGCCUCUGAGGCCCUGGAGGCUGCAAAGAGACUCAAUGCCAAAGAGAUUGUGCUGAAAGCUCAGAUUCUGGCCGGUGGCAGAGGCAAGGGUGUGUUCGACAGUGGCCUUAAAGGUGGAGUGCACUUAACUAAGGACCCUGCAGUGGUUGGCGAGCUGGCCAAUAAGAUGCUGGGUUUCAACCUGAUAACCAAGCAAACACCAAAAGAUGGAGUGAAAGUGAAAACGGUGAUGGUGGCUGAGGCCCUGGACAUUAGCAGGGAGACCUACUUUGCCAUCUUAAUGGACCGCUCCUGUAACGGCCCUGUCAUGGUUGGAAGCCCCCAGGGAGGAAUGGAUAUCGAGGAAGUGGCAGCCAGUACCCCAGAACUUAUCUUUAAGGAAGUCAUAGAUAUAUUUGAAGGUGUGCGAGACGACCAGGCGCUUCGCAUGGCAGCUAAUUUGGGUUUCAAAGGACCUCUGCAGAGACAGGCAGCAGAUCAGAUUAAGAGGCUCUAUGAUCUGUUCCUGAAAGUCGACGCCACUCAAGUCGAAGUCAAUCCUCUCGGAGAGACUCCCGAAGGACAAGUGGUUUGCUUUGAUGCCAAGAUCAACUUUGACGACAACGCUGAGUUCCGUCAGAAGGCUGUGUUUGCCAUGGACGACAUGACUGAGAGCGACCCCACAGAGAUGCAGGCAGCCAAGUGGGACCUCAAAUAUAUCGGACUGGACGGAAACAUUGCCUGUUUUGUGAAUGGAGCCGGCUUGGCCAUGGCCACAUGUGACAUCAUCGACCUGCAUGGAGGAAAACCAGCUAACUUCCUGGAUCUGGGUGGAGGAGUCAAAGAGAGGCAGGUGUAUGAGGCCUUUAAGCUGCUCACUGCUGAUCCUAAGGUAGAGGCCAUCCUGGUGAACAUCUUUGGCGGGAUCGUCAACUGUGCCAUCAUCGCUAACGGCAUCACCAAAGCCUGUCGAGAGCUGGAGCUGAAGGUGCCGUUGGUGGUCAGGCUUGAAGGGACCAACGUCCACGAGGCCAAGAAGAUCCUGACCGAGAGCGGCCUGCCCAUCACAGCAGCCGACGACCUGGAUGACGCCGCCAAGAAAGCUGUGGCUGCCAUCAAGAAAUAGAACACUCUCAGAGUAACCUCACUACACUCUUCUCACCAUCCGCCCAUCACUAACAUUCAUUACAGCCUCAGAUCAUCACCGUCAGCCUUUUUUUUUAAACACACGCAGACCUCCAGAACUUCAAGCCUUUGUUCUCAGGGGCCUUUACUUUUAUUGUUUAAACUCCAGCUUCCGAACCAUACUUUCAUUGCCAACCAAGUAUCCAUAGCACAGGUUUUGAGGCGGCGUAUCACUUUCAUGUCUUAAUUCAACUUUUACAAUCAUCCCCCCAAUUUCUUUUACAUUAAACACAUUUCUGUCGGGAUAAAAUCAAUAAUCAUGUCAUAAACAUCAUAAAGCUCUGGUGGCCUCUUUCAGAGGUUAGAUGGAGACCCAACACUUUGUGCAUUCCAUUUCCCAAGGCCCGAGACGUAGCCUUCUCUCUGGGUAUUAUGGCAUUUGUAUAGAACAUUAAUUAUGAGAGCCAUAUUCACCUCCAGCUUUCCUGGAAGGUACGUUCAGUUAGACUGAAAGACAGCCCGAAGAUGAAAUCAUUUGACCAGUUGUGAAAUCAUUUGAUGGCACUUAGCUAAAAUGAAUGGCAGCAGUUAACUUUGGGUCAAUCAGCCUGUUUUCUUGGUGACUUUAUUGUCCAGGUUAUUUAUCCAUCCAACACCUGGUCUGGAUGAAGUACACACUCUAUGAAUUUUGUACAUCAUGUCUUUUUUUGUAAAGUGCUACUUCACUCAUGACUAUUACAGUGUGUUAGCUGCCCAAAUAUGUGCCUGUUUCAUGAAGGAUAAAGGGUUGUGUAAGCAAGUCUUUCCGACUCAUGGAGUCCCAGCAAUAGUUUCAUACAGAGCAGCGAGAGAAGACGAAAAUCAUAAAUAUAAUAGUACUUUUUUAUUAUCAUGAAUGUAUAUUGACAGAAUAUCUUGGCUACAGUGUAAAAACUGUGUAUAUAAUUUGAGAGAUUAAAAACAAACAUUUCAA